CUUAAAAUUGAAUCGUUUGUGUAGCACCGGUCUUCAGUGUUUGUCUUUGUUUUGCGAAUUGGUUUGGUAUGCAAGGUUUUGUUCCGCAGCAUUUAAUUAGUUUAAGAAGAAAAAUGAAUCCUGAAAUUGUGUUGAAUUUAAAUUAAAAAAUUCAGAUUGUAGUAUGUGUUUCCGGCAGUUUUAUUCCAACAUAAGGCUGAAAUGUUUGCAGCAGCAAGACGAUGAGAGUGUAGAGCUGGUAAACCGAGUCUCGCUGAACGAUAACCAACAUGACCGCAGUCUUCAUGCUGGUUCGACAGUAAGUUCUCAGGAUGGGUUUCGAAAUCGUUUCAAAUUGACCUACAACAUACAACUUCCUUCGGAGCAUACUUACCUGGGAAGAUUAGAGCGAGUCGACAGUCUCGAGCUGUUUGAACCCGGUUCGAUUCAACACAUCCCGGUCACAGGCCAUCACUCAAUAGUUUAUCCGGGGGAAACCAUCCCGCUAAUAUUAACAAACUCGCUACUCGAUGUUGAUGGUAGACACGAAAGUAGCCGAAUAGGACUAGUUUUUUGGGAGUAUCCCUACCGACAGAGAAUUUUUGGAGUGGUGUGUCAGGUACGCGGGAAGGAUGUGCGGGACUCGAUAAUAGUACUGAAGACCGUAGCUCAGCAACGCUUCGAGCUUGUCCCUCAGCAGGAUGGGUCUUUGACCAGAUCGGUACGACGCGAAGACCGUGCCCAUUACUAUGCUCAGGUUAAAAUUCUCCCGGAAAUACUUUUACCCGAUCCUUUGACCAGUUUCUGCGCGAGUAACAUGGUCAAAAUCAGUCAUCUCAACCGGAACCGUUUGCUAGCAGCACAAUCAAGCGUUUGGCCAAAGUUUGUCUACGACCAGUACGGAUCUAAUGACAUCCUGUGUAAGGUUGGACGCUUUCUAGCGUUUCUCCAGAUAGAAUCCGUUCCAACGGCCGAUCCGGUAAUGCUGUCCUUUUGGCUCGCCAGAAAUAUUCCGCUAAGCGAUUCUGACCGAAAGGAGCUGUUCUUUUCCAACUCGGUUCUUACGAGAAUGCUGUUGGUAAAUAAUAUUUUAGAUGAUACAUGUGCAUUUUGCUGCAAAAAGUGCGAUUGUCGGAUUGCAAACUACACGGACAUGUUUGCGAUGUCCAAGCAGGGCGUCAGCAUUAGCUAUUGCAACCCAUCGGGUUUUGUGCACGAAACUCUGACCGUCUACAGGACGGUGGAGAAGACGACUCGCACCACGAGUAAACCGUCGACGGAUUUCAGUUGGUUUCCGGGUUAUUCGUGGCAGAUCGCGAUCUGCAACAGAUGCAACAAUCACAUCGGAUGGAAGUACAUCGCCACCAAGCGUAGCAACAAACCGAAAAAGUUCUACGGCCUGUGCGGCAAAAGCAUUCGGGUGGCAUCAAACCGGAAACUGCCGGACAGCGAACAGAACCCACUCGCUAAAACUGACGGCAGUAUAGUCAUAACGCAGCCUCCCGUGCAGUAACAAAUCCAGAGAGCCAACAGACUGGGCAAGGAAUAAACUAAACAAAAAACUAGAAUUCACCCACAAAAAAAAAUUUAGCAAAAAAUAAUACAUUCUAUUAUAUUCAUCAUCUUCUGCGCUUAGAAGUGCAUUUGUUUUCAAACUUGAAUUUAAAUAAAUCAUUAGCGUGAACUGUAA